AUGUCAAAUCUUACAAAUCUCGAAUUUGUGGGACUUGAUAUAUCGGGAAAGAAUUACCUGUCAUGGGUAUUGGAUGUUGAAAUGCAUCUAAAUGCAAAAGGUCUUAGUGAGACAAUAAAAGAGAAUAAUGAUGCCUCGAUACAAGAUCUGGCAAAGGCGUUGAUUUUUAUCCGCCACCACCUUGACCAAGGGCUGAAAGAUGAAUAUCUCACAGUAAAAGAGCCCUUUGAACUCUGGAGAAAUCUGAAAGAAAGAUAUGAUCACCAGAGGACAGUUAUUCUCCCAAAAGCCCGCUAUGACUGGCUUCACUUGCGUUUACAAGAUUUUAAAACUGUGAGCGAAUAUAACUCGGUUAUGUUCAAAAUAAGUUCUCAGUUAUUGUUAUGUGGGGAGAAAAUUACUGAUGAUGAUAUGCUUGAGAAAACCUUCUCUACUUUUCAUGCAUCAAAUAUGGUGCUGCAGCAGCAAUAUAGAGAGAAGGGUUUUACUAAAUAUUCUCAGCUGAUUUCAUGCCUUCUUGUGGCUGAACAAAAUAAUGAGCUGCUGCUGAAAAACCACGAAGCACGCCCUACUAGCUCAAACCCAUUCCCUGAAGUGAAUGGUGUAUCGUAUUAUAAUAAUACAAAGGGCCGUGGUCGUGGCCGCAGCCGAAAGCGCGGUCAUGGGAAACACCGUGGUUAUAAUCCCGGUAAUGGACAAAAUCGUCACGGUGCUAGUGCAAAACACGACAAAGAAAAGCGUGAAAAUAAUCCCAAACAUGCUGAGAGCAUAUGCUAUCGCUGUGGCAUGAAUGGCCAUUGGGAAUACAAUUGUCGUACUGCAAGGCACCUGGUGGACCUCUAUCAGGCAUCCUUGAAAGAUAAAGGGAAAACCAUAGAGUCCAACAAUGUUUUUAUAGAUGACGAUUUUGAUAUCCCACAUUUGGAUGUGGAAGAUUAUCUUGAGCCAGUUAAUGAGCAUCAAAACUGA